AUGGGUGAUGAUGCCGAGAAUUCGCGCCCGUCAUAUUAUUACACGCCAUACAUAGACAUUGAACUCCAAUUCGACCCGCUCCAGGCUGACCCGCUCAUCCAGAAAUCGCUUGUGCUCGAGGAUAGCAAUAGCGGCGACGAUAGCGACAACCAGAGCGGCGAUAAUCUCGAGGGUGAUGCCACAUCCACCGACACGGAUAACGAUUACCGCGACGCGUACGGCUGUCAUCACGAUCGACACGGAUACGGAUACCAGAGAUUCAGUAUGACGACCACCACAGCAACGUCAACGGCGUGGAACAGCUUGAACAAGCGCAAAGUGGCACCUGCGGAUUAUUCAGACGCCACUUCUGAUACGUCUGGACGGUUUGAUGAUGCCGAUGAAUCCGAUGAUGUCAUGCAAUUAGAGCCUCCGCCUCCUGUAGUGGCGGAGGAGAAGAUGGAGGACAAUAAAUCGGUCCACUCCGCUAAAAGAGGAAGAUCGAAUGGGUGGCCAUUCCAAAAUGAGAUUGCAUACGACGAGAAUGGGAUGAAGAUUGAUUUGAGUGAGAGGCGCAACACGGCUACGCCCGGCAAGGUGUUGAGGAUCCGUCGCUCCAGAUUCAUCGAGGGGAGUAUGAAUGAUCGAGUUAGCGAGAAGCCGCCUAGUAUUUAUUUUCAGGAGGACCGCAACAAGAACAACGAAGACGUUACCCAACAGGGAGUCGGUGCAACGGCAGAGAAUAAAAAACUGGAGAAGAGAUCGUCUGGAAUCUUUCGUUUUGGCAAGGCUAUUGCCUCUGCUUUUCAUCCUUUUGGGGGAGGAGGAGGAUCAAAGAGUGCCACUAAAUCGGAGCAAGACGCACUCGCCAAGUCGCAAAAGGAGAUUAUGAAGCAACGACAGCUCAAAGCGGAGAAGGCUUAUGCUGAGCUGAAAAAGUCAGGUUACAAGGGCACUCUGAUUAAUCCUAAUGCGAACUUCAGCAAGAAUCAGGUUGAUGGUGGCAUUGCCGACGAGACGUGGAAAUCGAUACAAGAGAAAAUGGGAUAUAAACUGGCCGAUGAAAAUCGCAUUUCUCAGGAUGAUACUCUUGUCGGUGUACCUGGUGACGGGCUUGGGCCGAUGUCUCCUGAAAGAGGGGUGUCGAAAUUCAAGUCGUUCUCAGAAUUGAGAAAGCGGACUCCGAAUCUCAGUAUUCCAGCACUACGGUUUCGUGAUGUCUCUCCUUUGAGUAUGCGGUCAUCAAUGGAGCGAGAUAUUGAGUACGACAAUCACGCGCAUCAACCUAUAGAGCGACGCCAGUCACGCAAAGAGCUGCAUAAACAAGCCAAAUUAUUGAAACGGGUCAGCAAUUUGGAAGACAAGCUGGAGCGUGCUCGACGAGAGUUGCGCGAAUACGUCCCUGGCAACAAUGAAAAUCAGCAAAUGCCUGUUCCGAUUAUUUGUAUUGAUGACGAGCAUGAUCGUCAGUUUUCAUCGGGCACUUUGCCUACGGUGCUUUCUGAGCGACUUCUGGAAGCAGGCUAUGUUCAGGGGGGUAUGCAGGGAACGAGCCAGAGGACUGCAAAAUGGCCGCCCGUCGAUAGUCUGUCGCGCAAGCGAAAGUCACCGGUCCCUAUGGCCGUCGAUAUGGUGCAGAAUACGGAUGAUCUCGACGAAUACGACGCCAACUGCGGAAAGCCCAUGGAUGAAGAAGAUAGCGGCAAAACACCACUACGCAACAAACUAAAACCAACGCGCGACAAACGUGCUUCUAGCCUCACCACCAAAGCCAGUCAGCGUCUAAAAGCGAAACAAGCCUCUCGCAACCUACGUGCGGUAGCAAACGACUCCACUCCCACCGAAGAAGAAGAAGAAGAGGAGGGAAACACAUCCACAACAACAACAACAGCAACACCUACCUCAUCAGCCCAGAAGAAGAGUCGAGAAUGGACUCAUUACGGGAGCGACUAUGAGAAUAUUCCGCCUGUCCCUCCUGUGCCGAAGGAACUAUUGACGUGCAAGUCUCCUUCCAAGGAGAAGAGUAUACUCUCUGCAAUGAAGGCGAGGAUUCCGUCAAAGGAGUUUUCGUGGCCUGAGGAUAUUUUCUAG